GGCUCUCUUUCCAAGGAAGCGACAACUCUCCAGAAGAUUCUACCUAGACCCAGGUUCUGGAAUAGGAGCUUCAGCCUGUUGUCUGGGAUGUGCCCAGGGCUGUACUCUGCCCUUUGUCUUGCCCAGAGCUCAAUAGCUAUGCCCCUGGAGUUUUGGUCAGUGGGCCUGGUGGUCCUGCUGCUCACGCUCGGGAGGACCCAUGGAGAUUCGGUAACCCAGACAGAAGGUCUUGUCAUCCUCUCCGAGGGGGCACGUCUCAUCCUGAACUGCACCUACCAAACCAGCUACUCGGAAUUCCUUUACUGGUACAUCCAGAAUUUCAAUCAAGCUCCCCAGUUGCUCCUGAAAAGCGCCACAGACAACCAUCAAGUGGAGCAUGAAGGUUUCCAGGCCACCCUGGUUAAGAAGGACAGCUCCUUCCACCUGCAUAAAUCCUCAGUGCGGGUAUCAGACUCAGCUGUGUACUACUGUGCCAUGAGAGGCACCGUGAGAAAAAGCACCGGGGAGCCAGAGCACAAACCCGGGGCCAGCAGGUGGCACCUGCGUAUGGCAGCCCUGUGUGGGGAGAGUUACAGCUUCUCUCCAGAGUCAGGAUCUAAACUGGGGACAACUGGAGGAGAGGGACAAAUUCCAGCUUUGGUGCCUCACAACCCAUGGCUGAGUGGAGAAAACCAGUUGGAACAGAGUCCUCGUUCCCUGGGAGUCCAGGAGGGAGAUGCCACCUUGAUGAGCUGCACCCACCAAGUCAAUGGUCUUGGAAAUCUACAGUGGUACAAGCAGGUUCCAGGGGAAGGUCCCAAACUCCUGUUUUUCAUGUAUUCCAUUGGGGAUGCAAAGCAGGAAGGAAGACUUCGAGCCACACUCUUGAAGAAUGGCAGCAACUUGUCCAUCACAGCCUUGCAGCCCGAAGACUCUGCCACCUACCUCUGUGCUGCCACCACAGUGCUCCCCAGACAUCUGUGA